CCCAAUUGACAGGAUUCCGUGGCUCCUCCCUGACGAGAUUAUCCCAUCGCCGUGUAUCACGUCUGGACAGGCACCCUCGGCAAAACAGCAGUACGUUUUCUCUUUUCCCACCGGAGCUUCAAGCGCAGGAUAGCCAAACAUCCCGAACACAGACAGCCAUGGCAGAAAACGCCGAUUUGGAUAACCACCGAAUUAAGAGCUUCAAAAAUAAGGGGCGCGAUGUCGAGACUAUGCGAAGACAUCGCAAUGAAGUGACAGUGGAGCUGAGAAAGAACAAACGAGAUGAGCACCUUCUGAAGAAGAGGAACGUUCCACAGGAGGAGAGCCUGGAAGACUCAGACAUAGACUCUGACUUUAAAGGGCAAAAUGUAACACUGGAAGCCAUCUUACAGAAUGCUGUCAGUGACAACGGACUCAUCCAGCUCAGUGCCGUGCAGGCAGCCAGAAAACUCCUGUCCAGUGACAGAAACCCCCCCAUCGACGACUUGAUUAAGUCCGGCAUCCUGCCCAUCCUGGUCAAAUGCCUGGAGAGGGACGACAAUCCCUCUCUCCAGUUUGAGGCUGCCUGGGCGUUGACCAACAUAGCAUCAGGGACGUCACAACAGACUCAAGCUGUGGUCAAAUCUAGUCCAGAUGCUGUGCCUCUAUUCCUGCGGCUGCUACAAUCUCCUCACCAGAACGUAUGUGAACAGGCCGUGUGGGCGCUAGGCAACAUCAUCGGCGAUGGACCGCAGUGCAGGGAUUACGUAAUCUCCUUGGGCGUGGUCAAGCCCCUGCUGUCGUUUAUUAACCCCUCCAUCCCCAUCACCUUCCUCCGCAACGUCACCUGGGUCAUCGUCAACCUCUGCCGCAACAAGGACCCACCGCCCCCCAUGGAGACAGUACAGGAGAUUCUACCUGCUCUCUGUGUAUUGAUAUACCACACUGAUAUAAAUAUCCUAGUGGAUACAGUGUGGGCCUUGUCCUAUCUCACAGACGGAGGGAACGAACAGAUCCAGAUGGUCAUCGACUCGGGGGUUGUCCCCUUCCUCGUCCCCCUGCUCAGCCACCAAGAGGUCAAAGUUCAGACUGCAGCUCUGAGGGCAGUGGGGAACAUUGUGACGGGGACAGACGAGCAGACGCAGGUGGUGCUCAACUGUGACGUCCUCUCGCACUUCCCCAACCUGCUCACACACCCCAAGGAGAAGAUCAACAAGGAGGCCGUGUGGUUCCUGUCCAACAUCACAGCAGGCAACCAGCAGCAGGUGCAGGCCGUCAUCGACGCUGGCCUGCUGCCCAUGAUCAUCCACCAGCUGGCUAAGGGAGACUUUGGCACACAGAAGGAGGCAGCCUGGGCCAUCAGCAACUUGACAAUAAGUGGAAGAAAAGAUCAGGUGGAGUACCUGGUGCAGCAGAAUGUGGUUCCUCCGUUCUGCAGCCUGCUGUCUGUGAAGGACUCCCAGGUGGUUCAGGUGGUCCUAGACGGCCUCAAGAACGUCCUCAUCAUGGCCGGGGAUGAGGCCAGCACCAUCGCUGAGAUCAUAGAGGAGUGUGGAGGUCUAGAGAAGAUCGAGAACCUUCAGCAGCAUGAAAACGAGGAUAUCUACAAACUAGCCUUCGAGAUCAUCGACCAGUACUUCUCAGGAGACGAUAUUGAUGAGGAUCCCAGCUUGAUCCCCGAAGCCACUCAGGGCGGAACAUUCAACUUUGACCCCGCCACCAACCUGCAAGCAAAGGAGUUCAAGUUUUAAAGGCAAACGGCCACCUAGUAGGUCUAACUCUCAAGCUGCUCUGAACCCUCCAGUCACCUCCUUCCCAACAUCAAUCACUGACUCACUAACAACAACAGUUCAAGCACUGAAGGAAGGAUCAUUGUUAUCCAUCUCUUUUCAAGCAUCUCACAGCGAUGCUUAUAAAUGUUCCAGAAAGAGAAAACGCCUCGUCCGUCAUUCCUGCAGUUGCCAAAAAGUUGCUAUUAUCCUCUCUUACUCAGACACGUUCACACACACAUAAGACACUGAAGAGACUGAAGUCAUCUGUGUGCAUGGACCAAUGAUCUUGUUCUACCAAUCAUAUCAGCAAAGAAGAGGAAUGGUCUCAUUUAAAGGCGUGCUCUUCUCUGGAGUCUGGUCUCAUGGUCUGGGAUCAGAGCACGUUGGACACAGCGACUGAAGACACUCAACCUCCGAGUUAAUUGACUCUUUUGAGGAGUACGGACAGCAUCUAGGCUGUCCUUUGUUAAACAUUCUAAUUGAUGACCUCAUCAAAGGGCUGUUAAUUAUUCAGUCCUCAUUGAACUACAGUUUUUUUUGGAACAGAACCCUGAGAAUGAAUGCUCUCAACCCCCUUCUCAGAGGGUAGAGAAGUGAGCAGUUGACAUAUUCCCAAUUGGACUGAACAGAUUUCAACAACCACCCACCACUAUAAUAUUUUUCCUUUUAGUUGUGAAAUCAUCAUGAAAAACAAUGGAUUUACAGUACAAAAAAUAUAUAUUUAAAAUUAUGCAACAGGGAAAUUCUGAAAUUAAUAACAAGGAAGACUUUGUAGCAUUGAUCUAUGGAUGGCUUGCUGAUGGACAGGUUUUUGGGUUGAAAGGAGAGGGAAGGGGAGUUGAGUUGAGCUGGAACCAAACACACCUCUCCUCAGAACCUCUAAACUGGGUUUUGGAUCAGUCCCUCUUACCAGGUUCUAUCCUCUGAAUGAGAAACCCCUCAACAACAAAUAAGCCUUAAAACCAGGCUUCAACUGGGCGUUUCCAAAAGACAUCCAUCUCCUCUUGCAGGGGAGACAUAUCGUCGGACAUUGAAUUUAAUGACUCAAGAAUUUGAGGAAAUAUUUUGGAUAGAUAUAUUGGUAGAGGGACAGAGAAAGACGAUGUAACACUGAUUUCAUCUGUGUAGAUUCCACAUCUGCAGUUUCUAUUCAGUCUUAUGCACACUUCAGUCACCCCUCCCUCUGCUUACUGUGUGUGGAAAGCAAUGUUUGCUUCGAUAAGUCAAAGCUAUGGUUGCAUUGCAAUGGUCCAUUGACCAUACAGUUCCAUAUUUGUCUCUUCUAUGUGCUACAUCUAAUUCUACAAUUUAAGAGUAUUUCCCCAACUGUCUGAAGUUUGGUCUGUACAAAGCAGCUGCAUUUUGCCAGUCAUCCAUCGAUCGGUUCACUUUGCGAGGCUGUAAAUGUUUUUACAGUUGAAAGAUUAACAGGGAAGUUUUGUUUUUAAACGUGUAACGUGAUCGAUGACUUGAUUGAAAAUUCUCUUGUGAACUGGACUUUUGUCUUGAUUUCCCUCCAGCAUUUAUUUGUGAAGGGACUGGAAAAAACAAAAAUUACAUUUGGACUAAUGUAGUUAUGUUUUGGCUGCUAACUACUGAGAAGGAAUGGGGAUUAUUUCAGGGGAGCGGCCCACGCCUUUUUGGACUAGCCAUUCACAACCGAUGAACAAAGUCUAGCUGGUGUACAGUCAUUGAUCUAGAUUCUAGAGACAUAGAAUGAGAGCCACUUUAAAGAAUGGAAUUUUUGUCUUGUAUCAGCAACUGAUACAAGCUUAUGCUUUUGGGCAAGAUUUUUACUUGCUAACGAAACAUGUACUAAAGACGAAAAAGCAACAGAUAGCAUUUUGGCCUCUGUCUUACUUUUUAUACAUUUUAGAAUCCAUAUCUCUUUAAGGUGGCUCACAAUGUUCCUUUCAACUCUUGUGCAUAUUAAAGAAAAUGAGUUGAAAUCCA